AUGGAGGAAAAAACUCUAACACGUAAAGAGGCCUACAAAGAGCUCUCUAGGGCCUCUGUAACCAACUUUAACACGGAGCCGAAUUUACGCUACAGGACAAUUUCAGGUGUGAAAGGGCCACUAGUAAUUCUAGAAAAUGUACGAUGUCCGCGCUACGCAGAGAUGGUUAAUAUAAAUUUGGGCGAUGGAACAACUCGUAGAGGCCAGAUUCUGGAAGUUCGUGGUGACGUGGCUGUAGUUCAAGUUUUUGAGGGAACAUCUGGAAUCGAUAACACAACCUGUACUGUGGACAUGACAGGAGAGGUGUUGAAGAUGGCAGUUAGUGACGAUAUGCUCGGCAGAGUAUUCAAUGGAAGUGGAAUACCACUGGAUAAUGGACCUAGAAUUCUUGCGGAUGACUAUGUAGAUGUUAAUGGAUUUCCCAUAAAUCCAAUCUGUAGAGUGCAUCCAAGGGAAAUGUUAGAAACCGGAAUAUCAACCAUAGAUAUCAUGAACUCUAUCGUUCUGGGACAGAAGAUCCCUCUGUUUUCUGCUGCUGGUUUACCACAUAACGAAAUUGGAGCCCAGAUUUGCAGACAGGCCAGACUUGUUGACGGUAAAGAUGUGCUAGAUAGGCAUCCAGACAAUUUUGCAGUUGUUUUUGCUGCCAUGGGUGUAAAUUUGGAAACUGCAAGCUUUUUUAGACAGGACUUUGAGCAGAAUGGUGCUAUGUCUCGUGUUGUACUAUUUCUUAAUCUUGCGAAUGAUCCCGCUGUGGAACGUAUUAUCACACCUAGGUUUGCAUAUACCGCAGCUGAGUACCUUGCGUUUGAUCGUGAGAUGGAUGUUUUUGUAAUUUUGACUGAUAUGUCUUCAUAUGCAGAUGCUCUGAGAGAAGUGUCUGCGGCAAGAGAAGAGGUCCCAGGUAGAAGGGGUUAUCCAGGUUAUAUGUACACAGAUUUAGCAAAUCUUUACGAGCGUGCCGGAAGAAUUACAGGAUGCAACGGAAGCAUUACACAAUUCCCCAUCCUAACUAUGCCGAACGAUGAUAUUACGCAUCCUAUCCCAGAUCUCACAGGAUACAUCACUGAGGGACAAAUUUUUGUUGAUAGAAGUUUGCACAAUAGAGGCAUUUAUCCACCAAUCAACGUUCUUCCGUCACUUUCUCGUCUUAUGAAAUCUGGAAUUGGUGCAGAACUUACCAGGGAAGAUCAUCCGUCAGUGUCGGAUCAACUUUAUGCUGAUUAUGCUAUCGGGCAGGAUACUAGAGCCAUGAAGGCAGUUAUCGGUGAAGAAGCACUUUCUUCUGAAGAUCUUUUGUAUUUGGAAUUCACUGACAAGUUUGAGUCAAAGUUUAUGAGACAAGGGCAAUACGAGAGAAGAUCUAUACAUCAAUCGCUCGAUAUUUGUUGGGAAUUGUUGCGUACAUUCCCGGAGGAUAUGCUCAAGAAGAUCAAGAAGGAAAUCAUUAAAAAGUACUAUCCGAGAUCACACACCGAGUAG